AUGUCUACCGGUGCAGGGAAAAUGAGGUCUCAAGAUUUGCAAGAAGGUAAUUAUGUUUCCAGCCUCACCGUAAAAGAGGCCCAAAUGGAUCCAGUCAAGACCAACAAACAACCGCGCGGACUUGCCGGGGACUUGCCAAAUCACUGCGCUGCCCAUAUUAGCGGCAUUUCCAAUAUUGGGCUCUGCUGGUUUACAUCAUUUUAA